AAAGGAAAUCAUGGGAAUGUACGAUUUUUACGUCAGAUAUCUCGCGAUGUCGUUUUCAAAAUACCAAAUAAGCUUUUUCAAUUUAAUUACGCCUCUUCUCGUCUUCUGCAGUUGAUUUUAAUAUCCGCGCGCACACUCAGUCCUGUCAUUUACGUCAAGGUGUUGUUUUCGUUAGGUCCUUUUUCGCUGAAAGGAAAAUACAUCAUCUGCGUUUUCUCUCCUACUUCAAGUGCACGCAUCGUAGUGAACGGAGCUCAUCUCGUUACUCAUCCAGCGGUCCCGAUUUCUGAGCUUGCCCAACACAUUGAAAGGUUGCGCAUGAACAACAAUGCAGGCUUUCAACAAGAGUUUGAAUCCAUUGAAACCGGCCAACAAUUUACAUGGGAGAAUAGCAGCGCUGAAAUGAACAAGCACAAAAAUCGUUACGCUAACGUGGUAGCUUACGACCACUCCCGCGUCCCUAAGGCCUAUAUCGCGACUCAGGGCCCACUACCAGAAACAUUUGGUGAUUUUUGGCGAAUGGUAUGGGAAGAAGGUUCAUCUACGAUUGUCAUGUUAACGAAUUUGGAGGAGCGAUCUAGGAUAAAAUGUGAUCAGUACUGGCCGUCAAGAGGAAGUUCUACAUAUGGCGAGAUUGAGGUAACCCUUUUGGAUACAACCUACACUGCCUGGCCAGAUCACGGCGUGCCUGACCAUCCUACCCCAUUCCUGAUAUUCUUAAAGAGGGUGAAGACUUUGAAUCCUCCGGAUGCUGGCCCAAUCAUCUCACAUUGCAGUGCGGGAAUUGGUAGGACAGGAGCGUUUAUAGUUGUGGAUUGUAUGCUUGAAAGACUCCGCUAUGAGAACACGGUCGACAUAUUUGGUUGCGUGACUUCGCUCCGUAGUCAACGAUCCUACAUGGUCCAGGUGCCUGCCGUGAAAUUGAGACAACAUGUAAUGGCACUUCAACAAAUGGCACCGAUGGAGGGAGCAGCAGGAAUGGAAUUAGAGUUUAGGGUAGGCAUUUCAUCGCUGCAAUCGUCUUGUCUUUGUUUGAAUGGCCUAGUCAACAGAUUUAUUCUCGUUGGGCCGUUUUCUCUUCUGCAACUAUCAUUGGUAGGCAUUUCAUCGGUGCAAUCGUCUUGUCUUUGUUUGAAUGGCCUAGUCAACAGAUUUAUUCUCGUUGGGCCCUUUUCUUAUCUGCAACUAUCAUUGUUACAAGUUCAGCAUCUCUCUACUCUGAAGUGGGCCAACUCAAGAUGUUCCGUUGCGAGCCUUCCCUCGAAUCGUCACAAAAAUCGACAGUCGGCAGUAGUACCUUACGAUAGCAAUAGGGUUAUUAUGCAGAUAAUCCCUGGUGUGGAAGGAAGUGACUACAUCAAUGCCAGCUGGGUUGAUGGCUACCGAGAACGAUGUGCUUACAUUGCAUCACAAGCUCCAACGGAUCAAACUGUCUCCGACUUUUGGAGAAUGGUUUGGGAACACGACUGCGCUAUCAUUGUUAUGUUAACAAAAACGUGGGAGAUGGGUAGGGAGAAAUGCUGUGAAUAUUGGCCACAGGAAACAGGGGCUCAAGUUGGGCAGCUGGUUGUCGAACCAAUUGCCGAAUAUAACAUGCGUGAAUAUAUUCUUCGUGAAUUCCGCCUCAAUGACGUACAGACUGGAAUAUCUCGGACUGUUCGACAUUUCCAAUAUACGGACUGGCCUGAACAAGGUGCACCUAAAACGGCAGAAACAUUCUUAGAUUUGAUACAACAGGUGAGUAUCACUUUGAAGGGGAAUAACUGUGUUGUGGAUCUAGCGGAAACAUUUAAGGUCCAUCGGACAAAGACUCAGUUUGGAAUCGACGGUCCGAUAGUUGUCCACUGCUCUUCGGGCGCUGGUCGUACGGGUGUAUUUGUUGCAUUAGCAAUAAUUAUCGAUAGGAUGCGAUUAGAGCACGUUGUCGAUGUCUUCACUACGGUAAAAUUGCUGCGAACUGAGCGACAAAAUAUGGUCGAAGACAAAGAGCAGUAUCACUUCUUGUAUCUGGCUGCAAUCGAGUUCCUCUCCUCCUUUGAGCAAUAUCCAACUGCCUAGAC